AUGCCUGGGCAUAACGGAACAGACGGUGCCAGAGGAUCAAAGGGAGCACCUGGUAAAAAGGGACCUGCCGGCCCUGUAGGACCUAAGGGUGACCAAGGUCCCGCAGGAGCACCAGGGAAAAAAGGCUCCCAAGGAGAUCAGGGCCCUGCUGGAGUAGUUCCUCAAAGGAACUGGAAACAAUGCACGUGGAAGCCUCUGGAAGACGGCAGAGAUUAUGGGUUGAUAAAGGUUUGUUUUCGUUAUUUCUGUGGACAUCUAAACGUUUUUGUUCGUUUACCGACUGUUGCAAAGCCCAUGUGUAUUGAUCUCUCUGUUGCAGGAUUGUGUCUUCGUUAACAAAAGCUCAGACACCGUCUUGAAAGUAGAGUUCGACGGCGAUUUUAGAAUAGCCGGUUGCCAAAGGUGUUGUAAACGUUGGUAUUUCACUUUCAACGGCAAUGAGUGCGCUAAACCAGCUCCCAUCGAAGGUAUUGACGCCAUUUGGGAAAAUCAUGGUAGAACAGACACCAACGUUCACAAGCACAGUCAAAUCGGAGGAUACUGCGAGGGGAUUGGAUCGGGAACCGUUCGCGUGGGAGUGGCGGUUGGUGAUUGUCCAGGAUUCGGAAAAGGUUUUAACGCCUACACCGGGCACAAGUCUGUCACACGAAUCAUGAUCGAGGAAGUCCCUAAACCACAAUAA